AUGGCUCGAGACUUUCCGGAGUCUGAGGAGGCCGCGUACUGGAGGAGGGUCAACACGGCGGUUCCCUUGACGUUUGCUGCCCUGGCGACGGUUGCGUACGCGCUGAGGGUAUACGCGACCUUGGUGCUGGCGCGGCGGGUGAGGGUGGAGGAUUUCUUCAUGGGCUGCGCCGUGCUCCUCAUGAUUGGGAACACGGCGUCCGUAUUGCUGAAGGCCUUUAACGGCAUCGGCGUCCCGGACAAGGACCUCCCGCAUUACAGACAAGUCAACUUUAAACUAGGCUCCUGGCUCGUCAUCAAGUUCUGGUCGGCGUCGAUGAUAUUCGCCAAGCUCGCCAUCAUCCUGUUCCUCCGUCGAGUCACUGGCGUGAACCGCACGGCUCGCGCCGCGUUGGACACUCUGGCCGUCCUCGUCGUCAUCUGGGGCGCUUCCAACUUCUUCUACACGACGUGGUUCUGCAAGCCUGUCGCGUACUACUGGGACCGCACGAUAGAGGGCGGCUGGUGCGUCGACAAUGACUUGUACAUGAUUGAGAGCAAAAUCAUUGCCAGCACCGCCGUGGCCAUGGACGUUGCCAUGCUGUCGAUCCCGAUUCCGACGAUUUGGCACUUGCAAAUCCGGCUGCGGCAGAAGAUUGCAAUAACCUUUAUCCUCUGCAUUGGUGUUGUUGUAUGCGUGUUUAGUCUCUUGCGAGCUGUGCAAUUUUCACAGUUCGACACAGCAAACCUAUCCAGUGAGACCUACUCCACGCCCCUUGUUCAUCCGGCAACAUCGAGCAUCCUCGAAGGUUUGUGGACCGUCCUAGAAAAUUACUUCACCGUGCUAUGCGGCUGCCUGCCCCAGCUGGGCCCUUUGUUCAGAAGGUCGACGAAAGAAAAAGAAAUGAGCACCGGCCCGGGCAGCGGCUACCUGGGGUCGUACGACGCGUCCAAGAACAUCCGGUCCUGGGGCUUCCAGAAGAUGAGCGCCAUCGAGACGUCUGUUUGCGGUGCACACGAUGCCCCCGUCCAGGCGCGGUACAACAGUUCCAAGGAGCAGCAUAACUCGUCCGAGCUCGAGCUCAAGGGCAUCGAGGUCCAGACGACGAUCAACCAGGAGAUUUCUAUAGGGAUGCGGAGCGACGACGAGUUUCACAUACCCCUGGACGGGCGGCGAUGA